CCGCCGUGACGUCUCCAGCAGACCGCCGCCAGCCAGCCACAAACUCUGCCACGGGAAGGACCUGACUUGUUCGUCACCAGGCCAGGCCAUGGCGCUCGCGUCCACCUCCGCCACCGCCCCCGCGGCCGUGCUCAAGACCCCGUUCCUCGGGGCCCAGCGCUUGCUCGCCAAUGCCGCCUCCGUCGCCGCCAGGCCCGCGCCGCGCCGCGCGCUCGUCGUCGCCGCGGCCGCCGCCAAGAAGUCGUGGAUCCCCGCCUUCAAGAGCGACGCCGAGUUCAUCAACCCGCCGUGGCUCGAUGGCUCGCUCCCCGGCGACUUCGGCUUCGACCCGCUGGGCCUGGGCAAGGACCCAGCGUUCCUCAAGUGGUACCGCGAGGCGGAGCUGAUCCACGGGCGGUGGGCGAUGGCCGCGGUGCUGGGCAUCUUCGUCGGGCAAGCGUGGAGCGGCAUCCCGUGGUUCGAGGCCGGCGCCGACCCGGGCGCCAUCGCGCCCUUCUCCUUCGGCUCCCUCCUCGGCACGCAGCUGCUGCUGAUGGGGUGGGUGGAGUCGAAGCGGUGGGUGGACUUCUUCAACCCGGACUCGCAGGCCGUGGAGUGGGCCACCCCCUGGUCGCGCACCGCCGAGAACUUUGCCAACUUCACCGGCGAGCAGGGCUACCCCGGCGGCAAGUUCUUCGACCCGCUCGGCCUCGCCGGCACCGUCAAGGACGGCGUCUACAUCCCCGACACCGAGAAGCUCGAGCGGCUCAAGCUGGCCGAGAUCAAGCACGCCCGCAUCGCCAUGCUCGCCAUGCUCACCUUCUACUUCGAGGCCGGGCAGGGCAAGACGCCGCUCGGCGCGCUCGGCCUAUAAUCUGCCGCCGCGACGGCGCCGCGUGUACUUGUACGCAUCGAUAGGUUCGACCGACCCAGCUAGCUCACGAUUGCGUGCGUGGUGAGGGACUGCGCAUCAGAUCGGUCAGGCGCAUGCGUCAAUGGACAUUGCUUUGGAUCGAUUGGAUUGUUGGAGGUGAAAGAAGAGCGCGUAGCAGCAAAUGUAUUGUGUUCGUGGCUUCUUUUGGGUGCUGUGCGUGAAUCAAAUGGGGAGUUCUUUUUUUAUUUCCAUGUAUGUACCAUGUAAUGUAUAGUCUGGAUCGAUUUCUGGAACCAAUUAAGGCAGGAUGAGUGAGGACAUUUCCUUGAUCUCUUAGGACAACAACUACUCUUGUUAUAUUGGAUUUUAA